AUGACAGCAUUAUCAAUCAUUCAAGAUGCAAUUCUGCACCAAAGCAAUAUUCUAAUUGCUGCCCUAAUCGCCCCAGUAGCUGUCCUGGUGGUAUAUCUUUUACGGAAUGAGCUCAUUAGAUAUCAGGGCCGGAUCAAGCACCUACCAGGUCCUACCGGCUGGCCCAUUGUUGGCAACCUAUUCCAAAAACGAAAUCAAGUUCCAGCGGAGACCUAUCGCCAGUGGGCAGUGAAGUAUGGCCCCGUGUUCCAAAUCCAGCUUGGAAACACGACCGCUGUAGUUGUCAACUCAGUCGAGGCCGCGAAGAAGCUCUUCAUCGGCGAGCGUCAUGCCUGGAACUCCCGGCCCACAUUCUAUGUCUUCCACAAGAAGGUUAGCAAGACCGUCACGAGCAUCGGCACCAGCCCAUGGGACGACUCGUGCAAGCGCCGGAGAAAGCUAGCAGCAGGAGCCUUGAACCGGCCACGGGUAGAGAGUUAUUCUCCCAUUCUCAACCUUGAAUCACGCGAGUUUCUAAGGGACAUCUAUCUUGCGAGUGAGGCGAACGACGGAGCUAUUGACUUUCGCUCUCCUGUGAGGCACUUUGCACUGAAUUUGAGUCUUACACUCAAUUACGGGACAAGAGUUUCGAGUGUCAAAUCCUUGUCGGAGGAUCCUCUUCUAGCAGAAAUCAUCUACGUCGAGUCUGAGAUCAGCAAGCUUCGAGAUACAUCAAAGAACUACACCAAUUACAUUCCUCUGCUUCGCUACUGGGAGCCUAUCGCUGGAUUCUUUAGACUGACGGCAAGUCCCAAAGACCACGCUGGCAGUAUUGGCCGCAGGAGGCUAGAAUAUAACGAUGUUUUGCUAAAUCGUCUAAAGGAUGAGGUGGAGAGGGGCGUGGACAGACCUUGUAUUCAGGGAGCUGUCCUUAGAGAUCCAGAAUCGGCAACACUGACCCGGGAGGAAUUGAUCAGCGUCAGCUUGAGUAUGAUGGCAGGUGCGGAUUCAAACCAACCUACAAUGGCAUGGGCUAUUCUUCUGCUUGCCCAUCGCCAGGAUAUUCAAGAGAAAGCCUACAACGCCAUCAAAGACGCCGGAGUUUUAGACAUUCCAUCGGACAGUUACGCCUCUAGCAAGGUUGAGUACAUUGAUGCUCUAACCAAGGAGAUCUCCCGAUUUUUCGUUGUCCUGAAACUCGCCUUGCCUAAAGCAACAUAUUCGGAUGCCACUUGGGGACAGGCUACAAUUCCCGCCAACACUCUUGUUUUCCUAAACAGCUGGGCUUGCACCAGAGAUACUACUGCCUUCCGAGAGCCGGGCGUAUUUGCACCAGAGCGAUGGCUUCCAGAUGCUCCCGACGCUGCCGCGCAUCAGUACGCAUUUGGAAUAGGAGGCAGGAUGUGCGUGGCCUCUCUCCUCGCGCACAAGGCUUUGUAUACCGUAUUCUUGCAUCUCGUCGCCAAGUUUCAGAUACUUCCUGCCGAUGGCGAAACGGCGGAAGCAAUUGACCCUCUUGCAGGCCUUAAGGGCUUUACUUUUGUUGGAACGCCCAGGGGAUUCCGAGCUCGGUUCGUUCCAAGGGACGGCGAGAAGCUCAAGCAAUGGCUUGAUUCUCAAAAAUAG